GCGCUGCCGAACCCCUAGCUCUUCGCUCCUCGGUUCAAGAUGGCGCUCCUUCCCCGGACCCUUGAUGUUUGUCGUCCGUCUGUCUCCUCCCAGUCGGAUCCGGGUUUCUCUUGAGCAACACAUUUACUUCAAUACUUGCAGGCUUGCAUUUUAAUCCGGCUUUGAUACCAUUGCUAUUCCAGACACAACCGGCGCCAUGGCUUCUCCUCAGAAAAUCCGCACCGAAAUUACCGAUCUUUUCAAGAUCAACCACCCCAUCCUGCUCGCCGGCAUGAAUGUCGCCGCCGGCCCGAAGCUGGCGGCGGCGGUCACAAAUGCCGGCGGCCUGGGUGUUCUGGGCGGCAUCAACUACACUCCCGAAAUGCUCAGGGACCAGAUCGACGAGCUCAAGUCGCAUCUCAGGGACAAGAACGCGCCGUUCGGCGUCGACCUUCUGCUGCCCCAGAUCGGCGGCAACGCCCGGAAAACCAACUACGACUACACCAAGGGCAAGCUUGACCAGUUGAUCGACAUCAUUAUCGAGUCGGGUGCCAAGCUCUUCGUCUCGGCCGUCGGUGUUCCCCCGAAGCACGUCGUCGAGAAGCUGCACAAGAACGGCGUCUUCUACAUGAACAUGAUCGGCCACCCCAAGCACGUCAAGAAGUGCCUCGAUCUCGGCGUCGACAUUAUCUGCGCCCAGGGAGGCGAGGGCGGCGGUCACACGGGCGAUAUUGCCACGACGGUCCUGAUCCCCGCCGUCGUCCAGGCUUGCAAGGGGCACAAGUCGCCGCUCACCGGCAAGCCCGUGCAGGUGAUUGCGGCGGGUGGUAUCCACAACGGCCAGCUGCUGGCGGCUGCGCUGAUGAUGGGCGCCAGCGCCGUGUGGGUGGGCACCCGGUUCGUCCUUUCCGAGGAGGCUGGCGCGCCCGAGUCGCACAAGGAGGCCGUGCGCACCGCCAGCUUCGACGACACCAUCCGCACGCUGAUCUUCACGGGCCGCCCGCUGCGCGUGCGCAAGAAUCCCUACAUCAUGAACUGGGAGGAGGAGCGCCAGCAGGAGAUCAAGGAGCUCACCUCCAAGGGCAAGAUCCCCUACGAGGCGGAUCUCGACAAGGUCAUGUCGGGCGAGGCCCAGGAGACGCCCGCCAUCAAGGGUUCUGGCCUCAUGAACGCCAGCGCCGACGACGACGUGGAUGUGGACGAGCUGCUCGAUCAGUUCCGGCCUUUCCUCAUGGGUCAGUGCGCCGCUGUCGUCAACGAGAAGAAGCCGGCGAAGGAGAUUGUGGACGAGUUUGUCAACGACGCGGUUGCUUGGAUCAAGAAGGGCAACUCAUACGUUUCCAAGUUGUGAGCGGUUGUAGACGGAGGAUUGUAUACGUAGCGCUGUUUUCUCUUGCAAGCCCCAAUGUCAUGAUUUGAUACCAAUGCUCUCUCGCUUUCGUUUAGGCCGGUUGCGUUGUUCAUUUUUGUUUCCAAGGAAAACACAAUUGGGGCUGCUGCGACAAAUCGUUCCAAGGUCGAGGAUUGGGUUGCAGAUGCAUGUCUCAUUGACGGAUGAGUUGAAACGCCAAGCGGCGCUGUUUUCGCCGGGCCGGGACCGGCCGGCGAUUCGGGAAAAGUGGGGACCGGG